CAAAAGCUCGUUGUUUAUUCGUUUGUUGUCUUUUGUAUAUGUAUAUGAAUUUAGUUCUUCUGAAUAGCGAUAUAAUUUAUUUAACCGAUUUGGAUAUAUAAAAAUGGAUGCCGUUGUGUUGGAUAAUGGUGCAUAUACUGCUAAAAUAGGUUUAUCAACGCAAGAUGAUCCGUCUGUAGUGCCCAACUGUAUUAUGAAGGCAAAAGCGGAACGAAGGCGUGCAUUUAUUGGUAGCCAAAUUGACGAAUGCCGGGAUGCUUCCGGACUAUUUUUUAUACUGUGUUUUCAAAAGGGAUAUCUUCUAAAUUGGGAUAUUCAGAAGACCGUUUGGGAUCAUAUAUUUAGCAAUGAAGGAACCGGAAUUUCUUUGGAAGAUCGCCCUAUAGUAAUAACUGAACCACAACUAAAUUUCCCUAGUAUACAAGAAGCUAUGAUGGAAAUACUUUUCGAAGAAUAUCAUUGCUCCGGCGUGCACAAAUGUACAACCGCUGAAUUGGCAGCAUAUAAUUACGCCGCGGAAAGUGAAGAAAGUCCUUUGCAAGCUCUGAAUUGUGUUGUUAUAGACGUUGGAUAUAGUUUCACUCACGUAGUUCCAUUUGUGCGAGGGCGUCGCAUGGAACGUGGCAUACGACGGGUCGAAGUUGGAGGCAAAGUGUUGACGAAUCACUUAAAAGAACUUAUUUCUUAUCGCCAUUUAAAUAUGAUGGACGAGUCGUAUGUUGUUAAUCAGAUAAAAGAAGACGUUUGUUUUGUAUCACACGACUUUAAGGAUGACAUGCGUGUGCACUCAGCUGCCGAAAAGCGGGCAGAAGUUGUAGUAGAAUAUGUACUGCCUGAUUUUACGACAGUUAAACGUGGCUUUAUACGCAAUAAAGGAAACAAAGAAAAAGAGUCUGAAAAGGAAGAUAAAGAUAGAAAUGAGGAAAGCGAUCAGCAGUCGGUCCGACUUUGCAACGAACGUUUCACUGUGCCCGAACUGCUUUUUAAUCCCAGCGAUGUGGGAAUACAACAAGUUGGCAUUCCGGAAGCUGUCAUUGACUGUCUCAAAGAUUGUCCCGUUUAUUCACACAGCGAGUUACUACGAAAUAUACUAAUAAUCGGUGGAAGUUCACUUUUCCCGGGAUUUAUACCGCGUUUAAAAGCCGAAAUUCGCGCGUUGGCACCUGAUGAUUUAGAGGUUUCAUUGAUUUUCCCUGAUGAUCCCAUCUCUUAUGGUUGGUAUGGUGGCAAAGAAUUGGCCGGCAGUGAUGGUUUUAAAGACAUGUUGCUUACCAGAGACAAGUUUGAAGAGAAUGGCUAUUCAGCUAGCAAUGGGAAAUAAAUUAAUUAGAAAAUAUAAAA